GAAGCCUCUCCACUCAUCGCAUCUCCACGAAAGUUACAUUGUGAUCCCCGAAUCAACAACUCUCUGCCCGAAGAGGCGGAGGCUAAGGUAGAAGAGGCAAAGAACACACUGGAAGUAGAAGACCGUCCAGGAGCCAUAGGAUCUGUCAGUGAUCAAUGUACAGCUCCAUUAGCUAGUCACGAGGACUCUUGGAAUUCAAGUAGCCCUGGUUUCAGACAGCCUGUGACAAAUCCUGCCACUAUAUCCAGUUUCAUGCCACCAUUUGUGCACGACUUAGCCCCACCUUUAGUACCAACUCGGCAUACGACCGGGGCCGGAGUCCGUGGUGUCCAGACCCUCGCGUCAAGGCAAACUCCAUCCGAGGCGUCUCAGCUGGAAGAAUUUCCUGAACUUAAGACAAAGUCGGGCCCAAAUAUCAAUGAGGCUUCUUACCUGCUGCACACUCCGCCGCCUGUACCUCCAUUUUCGUCGCAAGUUUCCAACAUUUCCCUGAAUCACCCAGGACCCGUGGUGCCUCCGCGUAACAACCCGCCGCCGCAACUGCCACCCAUACCCUGGCCACCAGUUCAGACGCCUUCUCUUUCCCAUUUGGUAUCUAUUAAUGGCUCAAGUAAUACAGUGUCAAGCAGAGAUUCCGCCUCAGGAGAACCAUGGAGAUCGAGCCUUCUUGCGAUGAGGUCUUCAGACCUGAUAUCAAGUGGCUCCGAAGGCUAUCUGGAGCCAAAGCGAACUCGACUGCCUGGGCAUGAGGAGGAGAACGAAGAGCACAUCAUGGAUCUCCAACUCGAUCCCAUCAGUUUUACCAACGGUGAGUGA